GAGUUGACGCGAACGGCUUUGAUACAACAAACAUUUGGACCAGCAAUCGAUCCAAGAGGUGGGGAUUUGGACUUAAAAUGUCAAUCUUGAAAGGAAAGAAAAAGGAAUAUUUAAGUGUGAAGGAUUUGCAGAAGGUUUUGGAUUCAUGUAAACUACAUCUAAGCCAGGUGGAUGAAGUCUGGCCAAACAUAUACAUAGGAAAUGUGGCAGUAGCCCAAAACAAGGCUGCCUUGCAGAAAUUAGGUAUAACUCAUGUAUUAAACGCUGCUCACUCCAAGCAAGGCUGCAUAGGGAACCAAAGCUUUUAUGGCAACAGCUUUGUGUAUUGUGGCAUUCCAGCAGAUGACUCGACGCACUUUGAUCUGGAUGUUUACUUCAAGCCUGCAGCUGAUUUCAUUCACAAAGCUCUGAAGUCACCUGAUGGGAAAGUUCUGGUGCACUGCAUCAUGGGAAUGAGCCGGUCAUCGACCUUGGUGUUAGCGUACCUUAUGAUCUACCAUCACCUCCCGCUCAAACAGGCUCUGCAGAAGCUGAUCCAGAAGAGAGCCAUUUACCCCAACAGGAAUUUCCUGGCUCUGCUGUUGGAUCUGGAUCUCCAGCUGACGAGGAAAAAGAAAAAAACGUGUCAUAUCCUGUAAUCAAGAGAAAAUUACACUUUUUCUUUUUUUUUAAACCAUACAGCUGCGUGCUGUCUCGGGAUGGUGAUGCCGAUCAGUCUGCUGAUUCUGACUGAAAUAUUUCUAAGGGACUGUUAUGAAAUUUGAUUCAAUUGAUGACUGAAUGCUAAUACAUCAUAUUAGCAUGUUAAGUGUUAAAGGUCUAGUGUGUAAGAUUAAGUGGCAUCUAGUGGUGAGACUGAAGAUUGCACCCAACUGAAACAUGUUGAGGAAAACUACUGUGGCCAAUGCAAAAACGUGAAAUUGCAAAAGGCCUCAUCGAGAGCCAGUCUUUAGUUUGUCCAAUCUGGGCUACUGUUGAUAAAACAUGGCUGACUCUGCGGAAGUGGACCUGUAUGGAGAUAAAAUGGGCUCAAUCAAGCACUCAAACACACUUUGUAGUCUCAAGAAUGAAAACUUUUCCUCCGUAAUCAUCGAUCACACUGUCAGUUAGCAGAAAAAUAACUAACACGUAUGAUGCUUCGGUGCAGUUUUUUUGGUCUACUGGUGUUAACCAACCAGCUGAGCUCAUACAGCAUUAGAUAAUAACUGCAAGCACUGUCAUUCUUGGCUUCCUAGUCAAAAAUGUUUUAAUAUUGUUUCAUAUAAUAAUUCACUAUUGUCUUCUCCUCUUAAUUUUAAGUACUAAUUUCAAGAAUUUUUUAAAGCUAUUUCAGUACUUAUAUUUCUGAGUGCCAAAUUCAAGUACUUCCCUGAUAACAUAUUAAUAUUAACAUUUCAGUUAAUGGAAGAAGGAAAAAUCUGCAAACUCAUACCUUAAUGUUUUCAUAUGCAAUACACAUGAUUAAUGUUUCACCAAAUAUUGCCUUCUUCGGGUUAUUCUGAAUAUUAGCAUGUUACAUCAACAUGUUAAACAUUAACAGACUAAACAUUAUUUGCUAAACAUUAGCCAAUGCACAUGCUGAUGUAGGCAUCUAAAAAUCCCAUUAGCAUGCUAACAGUAAACACUUAGCAUGUCAACAUUUAUUAUGUUAGCAUGCUAACAUAAAAACCGUAGGGCUGAGUAGAUUAAAUAAAUGUUAGUGUGCA